AGAGAGACAUCUGUAAUGCAGGCACCGCGUGGAUCGUUGGAAGAGAUCAGCAGGAUGGUGGAAGCCCAGGCGAACGUUAUUGAGCAACAGCAGCAUCGCCUGCAACAUCUGGAACGAAUCGUGUCUGAAUUUCGCAUAGCUUGUUCGGCUGGAGACAACAGCAGCAACCCUGCUGAUGACGAUGAUAAUGAUGGUGACGGUGGUGAUGAUUGUGCCGCUGCUGAUCAUGAUGAGGCUCAUGGUGGUGCUGCUGCUACUGAUGAAGGAGGAGGUGGUGGUGGUGGUCGUGGUGAUAAUAACAAUGAUGAUGGCAAUGAUGAUGAUGAUGGCGGUGAAGAUUCAAGCUGUGCCUUGGUUCACGACGGAGUCGCCCGGAACAGUGCAACCACAGAAAACGCCACGCUGCCCUCCUUCCAGCGACUUAAACCCGAAAGAUCUCUGGGCACCUUGCACCAGUUUUGCUGCCCGGUGCCACCCAAAGCUGCCGUCCUCACAAACUCUCCCAUGCGUUGCAGAGACUCCGACUCCAUGCAUCAGUUCUGCUGCGCAAAGCCAAGCGCUUCGGACGCCUUAAACAGCACUAGCCCGGACUCGGAAUUCGCCAGUGGAAAUGCCACGGACGCCUGUCCCGAGGAUCCGAUCGAGUUCCCCGGCGAGGCUCCGUCGAGCCUCCACCCAUUGUCGACCGAUCUGCAGUCUGCCGCCCCUAAGACGACGACGUCCGACCGCUGCCCCCGGACGGUCACAUCACACCUCGCCUGCCCCUUCACCCUGACCCCCAAAUCAACCUCGUCGAACACUUCUUCAUCAUCGUCGUCAUCGUCGUCGUCCUCAUCCACGCCCUCCUCGACGUUUUUUGCGCUGUCGCCCGCGACGUCGUACCGCCUGGUGGAACCGGAGCACCGCCCCGCGGGAACGCAGCGGCGCCUCAGCCUGCAGCAGCCAAGGAGGCCGCUGUGGUUCGACGAGCCGGGGGUCAGCGGGGUUACCGUGCGACGCAAACACUCGCUCGCGGGCAUCCCCUACGAGCUGUCGAUGGACCUCCAGGCCAAGCAGACCGAGGUGCUGGAGAGACGCUACGGGGGAUACGCGGAGAGCCGGCGCGCCGCUCGCACUAUCCAGGCCGCCUUCCGGCAGCACCAGAUGCGCAAGCAGUUCGAGCGAAUCCGCAUGUCGUCGAAGGGGGGCGGCAGCUCAAGCACCCCCUCCCCAUCCCCCACGGCUCGCACAGCCAAUCAGCGCGGUGCCCGCGACACUCCCGGUGGUGGUGGCGGUGGUGGUGGCGGUGGUGCAGCGGAAGGUGGUGGCGGAGACGCGGCUGAUAUUGGAGGUGGCGGCGGUGGUGGCGGUGGUAUUGAUUUUGGCGCUGACAGUGGCAGAGGUGGCGGUAGUGGCGAUGUAGGUGGUGCUGAUGGUAGUGGCAAUGACUGCAACAGUGGAGAUUGUGGUGACAACGACAAAGGUGGUGGUGGUGUAGAUGGUGAUGGUGACCAUCACGCUACGACUGUUCCAGCUGAAUCAAGGACAUCGCCUGCAGCUGUGGAAGAUCUCUGCUUAGAUCAAAAUUCCCUGCAUUCCAAUGAACAUGCGAGCAGCAAAGAUUUGCAAAACCUCGAUGGAACAGUUUUGAAAGGCAAGGACAUCAUCGAGGCUCCCGUCAACAGGCCAGGUGAUGUCUGCCACGCCAGCGUCGUCAGUAACUUGAAAACAGAUGAACGGAGCGGCAAUCACGUGGAAGGCAAUGAUCAUGACGACGACGACGACGACGAUGACACGGAAGGUGACAGAGGAGAGAGCAAUGGAGUGGCAGACUCCUUCAUCAAGGUGACCCUGUUUAUCGAUGAGGACACGCUGGUCCCACCGGGCCGCGACGAGGUUUGCGUGACCCGUCCCGACGAUGGACCGGAGAGCAGCGAUGGGUUGCAAGCGAGCGAGGAGCAGUGCAUCAUCGGAGGAAGCUGUGCGAUUCCCAGUGACAAGCCGGAGCCCUCCAUGAACGUUGUGGAUCAGAGGAACCGCGAGCGCCGCACUCCGAAAACGAGCAGCAGGGAUUUCGGCGUUGUCACGGACAAAGUGCCGAUGCACUGCCUGCUAAGCCGCGAAGGAGAGGAGUUGUUGGCGGCGGUGAAGGAAGUUGACGAGACCGCCGCGGGCGAUGCCGACAAAGUUACGGAAGCUGAAAAACCGGCAGAUCGAGCGGGUGAAAGGGAUGACAACGCGGGCAGCGGAACGACGCAGGAAUGUAACGCCCGGCAAUGUGUCGCCGUGAACCAGGGCCUUUACAAUGGCAAGUCGCCGCGUGGGAACAUCCAAGACUUCACCGGCGUCAACGGGAGCGACGGAGGCAAUGACGACGAGGGAGAUGACGGAGACGAUGGCGACGGCGAGGAUGAUGACGGUGACCUGUGCGCAGAGGGCAACACGGGCUCGUCGGCCGUGCGGCGAGAUGACGAAGAGGAGGGGAGCACGUGUCGAACCGAGGAGGGCUCCUCGCUGUGUUCGUCGGUGGCUACGGCACCGGCGACGACGACGACGGGAGGAGGAGGAGGAGGUAUGGCGGUCGUGGACCAGGGAGUGGAGUCGCUGGAUUUCCUGGACGAGGUGGAGACGAUACCGCGGGACGGGGGCCUCCAGGGGUGGGACACAAGCAGCGUCGCGGCGCAGCGCAAGCGUCAAUACCGCGUGGGCCUCAACCUCUUCAACAAGAAGCCUGAGAAGGGCCUCGCAUUCCUCGUGUCACGGGGCUUCGUGGGCGCCACUGCGUCGGCGGCCGCUCACUUCCUGCUGCAGCGCAAGGGCCUCAGUCGCCAGAUGAUCGGCGAGUUCCUGGGCAACCGGCAGCGGCCGUUCAACCGCGACGUCCUCGAGUGCUUUGUGGACGAGAUGGACUUCUCAGGCCUGGAGCUGGACGAGGCUCUGCGACUGUUCCAGACGCACGUGCGACUGCAGGGAGAGGCACAGAAGGUGGAGCGGCUUGUGGAGGUCUUCAGCCGGCGCUACUGCGCGUGCAACCCGGCGGUGGUGUCGUCGCUGUGCAGCGAGGACACGGUGUUCGUGCUCGCCUUCGCCAUCGUGCUGCUCAACACCGACAUGUACAGCCCCAGCGUGCGGCACGACCGCAAGAUGCGCCUCGACGACUUCAUCAAGAACCUGCGCGGCGUGGACGACGGGGAGGACAUCCCGCGAGACUUCCUCGUCGGGAUCUACGAACGGAUCCGCAAGCAGGAGCUGGCCACCGACCCGGAUCACGUGACCCAGGUGGUGGCGGUGGAGGCCACCAUCGUGGGGCGCCGGCCGGUGCUGUCGCUGCCCCACCGGCGCCUCGUGUGCCUGUGCCGGCUGUUCGAGGUGCCCGACGUGACACGAGCGCAGAGGGCCGGGCUGCAUCAGCGUGAGGUCUUCCUCUUCAACGACCUCCUCGUGGUGACUAAGAUUUUGCAGCGGCGAAAGCAGGGCAGCACGUACAGUUUCCGGCAGGCGUUCAGCCUCUAUGGGAUGCAAGUGCUGCACUUUGAAAAUCAAUACUACUCGUACGGCCUGUCGCUGGUGUCGGCCGCCCCCGGGCUCGACGUCAGUACGCUGGGCAACUUCGCCGUGCCGAGCCUAGAGGACCGCUGGCGCUUCUCGCGCGAGCUCCAGGAAUGCAUCUCCGAGGUGCACGAGAUGGACCGCGUGCGCAUCGAAGCCGAGCUGGAGAAGCAGAACAUGGUGGUCCGGCCGCCUCCUUCCCCGGGCCGCGAUGGCAAGGGGGGGCAGCACCAGGGCAGCCUGGGCAGCGUCCCGCGGGGCAGCCUCGACGAUAGCUGCAUCCCGGCGGCGGAGGAGCGGCCGUCCAUGAGGAGGGGCAACCUCAGCGGCUCCCUGCGGGACCUCGCCGAUGGAGACUCAUGCGAAAGCAUCAUCACCAUGGACUGCACCGACAAGGACUCGCAGUUUUCUCAAAGCAAGAAACUUCCUCGGAGCGCCGGAACGACCUCGCGGUCUCGCCUCACCCAUUCUUCCUCCUUCCGCCUCGGCAACAUCUUCGGCUCGCUCCGAGGGAAGCCCACGCAGAGGCAGGCCCGGCAGCCGCUGCCCCAGGCAUUCCGUGCGGCCGACGCGUGAUUGCUUCCCACCCCUUCCCCCUCCUUUCGUGCGCUGCCACUC